AUGUCUUUUGUCAAGAAUCUAUUAUUCGGAGGGGUCAAGACCAGCGAAGACCCAACGGGUGUCUCUGGUGAUGCUAAAGAUUCGCAACAAACGGAAAACAAAGAGCCUAUUGUGGAGGGACAAUUCUACCCACGCACACUUUACAAGUUCAAUGGUCAUGACGACGAAAAGAUCUUUCUAGCGAUCAAGGGAAAAGUUUUUGAUUGCACACAAGGAAGACAAUUUUAUGGUCCAAGCGGACCAUAUUCAAACUUUGCGGGUCAUGAUGCCUCCCGCGGUCUUGCGACUAACUCGUUUGAGCUCGACACUCUCAAACACUGGAACCAACCUAUGGACGAUCUUAGUGACCUGCAAAAGGCUGACUUGGAAGCCCUGAAUGGAUGGCUCGAACAUUUUGAAAAGAAAUAUCCUUGUAUUGGAGUUUUAGUACCAGAACCAGGCGUCAAUGUCUAA